CUAUAAGAAAUAUACUAACGCAGUGAAGCUCCCCUGCUGCAGGAGCUUACCUGAUAGCUCACAGGCUGCUACGGUGCCCUGUUACCGUCGUAUUUUGCGGCGGCGGCGGCGGGGGAAAGCUACCUCGCUACUAUGUAACAAACCUUCCCGUCGAUCAACUUCAAAAAAGGACAUCAUCCCAUGAGAUAGUCAUGUCGAAAACUAUUCUUCACUUUACCGCUAGUCUAGUAAAAGGGGAUGCUUCCCAUAUAUCUUACUUCAUGACUCCGCCCACAAUUCUUUAAACAAAGCCCGCCAUACAACCACCCUUUACGAACCUACCUACCCUGAGCUUUGGGCAGUUUAACAAAAACAUCGCCGUAAUACGUCAUAACACGGUAAACAACAGUGAAUGAUUGGACGAUAUCAUGGGUUUACUCGUGAAGCUAGGCCUACGGAGGCCUAUUGAAUGGGAGCGUCCGACACUACUCGAUUGGUUUCUCGAUUCACCUCUACAAGCCCUCGUCUUUCAUCUCUACCUGGUAAUCCUAUGGUUACGCGGUAACCCGGUCAAGCCUCCACGAAACAGACAGCCCAUUAAGAUCGUAUGCCUCUCCGAUACCCACGAGUCCAUCGUUCAGAAUGUACCCGACGGCGACCUCCUAAUCCAUUGCGGCGAUAUGACCAACGUCGGUACCGCUGCUGCCAUUCAAAAGCAGAUCGAUUGGCUAGCUUCCCUCCCCCACCAACACAAGGUUCUCAUAUGCGGAAAUCACGAUAGUUGGUUCGAUAUCAAUUCUAGAAGAGAAGAGGAUACACUAUUGAAUAAUGUGAUAAACAUGAGGGGACUUCACUAUCUCGAGCGCAAAUCUGUGACGCUGGCCUUUAAGGGGGGCCGGAAGCUGAACAUCUAUGGUGCUCCUGAUCUUCCCGAGUGUGGAGGCCCUGAAAACGCGUUCCAAUACACAGCUCAGCAGAACAAAUGGCAUGACACUAUUCCGGUGGACGUAGAUAUUCUCGUAACUCACACCCCGCCGCUACACCACCUCGACCUAUCCCUCGGCUGCCCGCACCUACUCCGUGAAACCUGGCGCAAGAAGCCAAAGCUCCACGUCUUCGGCCACGUCCACUGGGGGCGGGGCAAGCAACCCGUGUUUUGGGACGAGUGCCAAAAGUCAUACGAAAAAGUCAUGUCGCAACCGAAACGAGGACCUAUCUACGAUAUGCUUCCACAUUUGGGCUGGCUGGAUGCCUGGAAGGUCCUGUAUUAUGGAUUCAUUAGUAUCCUGUGGCAUUGGUUCAUGCUUGGCGGUGCGGCGAAUGGAAGCGCGAUGAUCAAUGCCGCUAUGCAGCAUGGGACAUCGGGGAGGUUGACGAAGAAGCCUCCGAUAACUAUUGAGAUCUAAAAGUUAUCUAAAUUGUUGAUAUGGAAUUGUGAUAUAUGAAAGAAGAUGCGUACAUAAAACCAUGAUGAACAGGAUUUAAAGAACGAAAUAAUUACCUGCAUUGGCUUAAUAGCAAUAUGAACUUCUAGUAUAAAUGAACA